AUGACAACGCACCUUCCCACCGGCGCGCCGGUGUCACGCACUUCCACGCCGUCCAACUUCAGCCAGCCAACAAAAGAUUCGUCAGGCCAACUCCUGCCGGGAAUCCUCAUGCUCCACGGAGGCGGCUCGAACGCAACGGUCUUCAAGAUCCAGUCUCGGCGCCUGAUCUGGAACCUGUCGAAACAAUUCCGGUUCGUGUUCGCCGAAGCGCCGAUCGAAGGCACGCCCGGGUUCGGCAUGCUCCCGGUGUUCGCGUCUUGCGCACCCUUCUACCGCUGGAUCAACCGGCGCUUCGUGCUGGGCGAGAGCGACCACGAAGCCACGCCGCGCGACGAGGCCGAGACCGUGGACGGGAUCAUCCGCAAGGCGAUGGAGGAAAACGGCGGCGUCGCGAGCUUCAAGGGCGUGAUUGGGUUCAGCCAGGGCGCGCGCCUGGUCGCGGGACUGCUCCUGCGGCAGAAGAUCGAGGAGCGGGAUUGCCUGGGCGGCUCCGAGUGGAAGUUCUCCUUUGGCGUCAUGCUCGGGGGCCCGUUCCCGCCGAUUUCGCUGCACAGCGCUGACAAAGUGGACACGAAGGACUACGAGCUGCUGAAGCAGAUCCCGACCGUGCAUGCGUGGGGCCGUGGCGACCAUGUCAAGCCUGGUUGUGUAGAGCUGCACAAGGCCUGUGAGAGUGACGUCUGCUUCCAGAUGGAGUAUGAGGGCGGGCAUCACCUGCCGCUUAAGGACGUCGAGGCGAAAGAUCUUUGUGAUCUGAUCAAUGCGGCUUAUUUUGCGGGCGGUGGGACGUAUGGCAUUAGCGCUGAGGAGUCUUAUUAG